AUGCGCUUUGAUAAACGCGUGGCAAUCGUUACCGGUGCUGGCAACGGAUUAGGCCGCGCGUACGCCGAAUUUUUAGGAAAACGUGGUGCCAAUGUGCUCGUGAAUGAUUUACAAGCUUCAGCUGCUGACGAAGUCGUGAAAUAUCUUGGAGGGGGUGAUAAAGCAGUAGCUAAUUAUAAUAGCGUAGUGGAUGGACAAAAUAUUGUAGAUGCGGCGCUACAAAAAUGGGGUCGUGUGGACAUUCUUAUCAACAAUGCUGGAAUCCUUCGAGACAAUUCAUUUGCGAAAAUGACACGGCAAGAGUGGGACGACGUGUAUAAAGUGCAUCUUGAAGGAACUAUGAGGAUGAUUAAGGCGUCAUGGGAUGGCAUGAUGAAACAAGAAUUUGGACGAAUUGUAAACGUGACGUCUGCUUCUGGUUUGUAUGGAAAUUUUGGACAGGCAAACUACUCGGCCAUGAAGCUAGGCAUCGUUGGACUAACGUUUACGCUGAGCAAGGAAGGUGCCAAACGCAAUAUUUUGGCUAAUGUUGUUGCACCACUGGCCAAGUCACAGAUGACUGAAAAGAUUUUACCGGAUGAAUUGAAGGAUAAACUGUCGCCUGAAGAUGCUGCUGCUUUCGUUGCGUUUCUGUGCCAUGAAAAUUGCGAUCGGACGGGAAAUGUAUAUGAAGUCGGUGGUGGAUGGGUGGCCCAGACGCGAUGGCAGCGAUCACCUGGUGUCGUAUUUUCAAAAAAUGAGCUUAAUCUCGAGACCAUCUCGUCAAAAAUGGACGAAAUUGAGAAUUUCGAUGCUGAACAGACUCAAUACCCAAGAAAUUUACAGGAUACCGUCACCUACGUUAAGAAUAUACUGAAUGCUUGA